CGGUGGUACUUUGGUGCUUAUCGUAGAGAUGGCUUGGCGAACGUACAAUGAUUCGAACGAAGAGAUGGUGAAAAAUUUCAAACAAAUGUCCAUCAUUUCGAGUAAACAAGUUGAAGAUGCAUUUCUUAACGUGCCGAGAGCCGCGUUCUUGCCGGAAUUUUUACACGACGAGGCGUACGCCGAUUAUCCAGUUCGCGGGGAUGAUCAUCUGCACAUGAGCGCACCACACAUGUACGCCACAGUUCUUGAAGCUUUAAACAUGAAGGAAGGAAUGUCCUUUUUGAAUAUCGGCAGUGGCACGGGAUACUUCUCCAUGUUGGCUGGGUACAUUGUAGGAUCCAAAGGGUUAAACCAUGGCAUAGAACUACGUGGCAACCUUGUAGAACAUGCCAAUGAUUGCUGCGAAGAAUUCUUCACCUACUUUCCCAAGCUAAAGAAGACCAUAUGCUUCCCACAAUUCAUUGCUGGGAAUUGUUUCCACGUGGACCAGACUGCCUUUAAGUAUGACCGUGUAUAUUGUGGAGCGGCGUGCCCUAGGGAGAAAUUUGAUUUCUUAUUAGAAUUACUGAAACCAGAUGGUCUCGUUAUUGUACCUACAGGAAAUAAACUUCUGAAACUUGAGCGACAUCCGAACUCCGGUACGAACGAGAAAGUUCUAAGUGAUGUGUGUUUUGAAUCACUUGUUUUACCUGAAGAUGGAGAAAGUUUCAUGAAACUGAGAUUUACUUACUCCAAACAGAAAGCCAAGAAGAUUAAAGUCUAUCCAUGUCCUGGUUUGUUGAUCCCAAAGACGGCGGCAAGAAAAACUUUGUCAAGAAUGAGAGCACUUCAAGAUGUUAUAGAUUCUCUCACACGUUUUGGUCGUAUUCCAAAAUCAUUUACUUAUGUCCCUUCAUUUGCUCAACUUUCACAACUAGCGCAUGCUUCAAAAUCGUCAUCGAAACUCCACCUGUCGUCUCAAGAUGCGGUCGACGAAACAGUAAACUUUUUCAACAAGAAAACGAGAGAUUCGCAUACGUCGAAAUCUGCUAAAGCGCUUUCAAGACACGGUGAGAACAUUUGGAACGAACUUCAGGAUGAUUUAAUAUGGGAAAAUGUCGUUAACUUCACCUAUUCGCUUUGUCGUCCUACUGACAACAUCGAGGAACACGUUGAGAAAUGCUUUCAAUUGUACACCAAGGUUAAGAAAAGACCUUUUGGUAAGAAACAACGUCUCUCGAAAGAAAACGAUUUGCUUUCAAACUUAAAAAUUGUGUCAAUGUCCGAUAAUGGACUGAAACGAAUAGAUACUUCAACACAGACUGCGUCGUCCAAGUCCGCAGCAAGAUACUCUCGACCCUCGAGUGCCACAGAUUUGGAAAUUUCUAGGGUCUUCGAAGAGUUAGAAGCUUGUGGAAAUAUGCUCGAUUUAACGCAGAAAACCAUGAGUAUUAAAGAAAAUUUUUCACAUUUAGAGGUUAUUGACAGCGAAAAGUCACAUAAGGACAUCUUGAAAUUUGUUCCUCGUGAUUACGGUAUAGCUAAAUCAGAGUCUUCCUCGUUAAACCUCGUCUUCCUCGGAAAACAAUUGAAAACUUUAGAGAUGAAUCCGAGUAGGCAGACUGUGAAGUUGCCGUGUAUUGGGGGAAAAGGCGGUUUGCGUGCUAUAAGUGUCGAUUUGAAUCUGACCAAUGAACUUCAAGUUUUGCCGAGUUGCAAUUGGUCAUGUGACGAAGAUACGGAACUUGUUCAAUUUCUCGUGAAUUCUCAUGGUGGGGCAACGAGUAAAAUGAAUGGCAAGUGUCAAUUAAAACACAUCUCUGUGUUUCCUACAUUAUUUACUCAAACAAGCCUCGUGAGACACCCAAAGAUAUCUUCGUAUCCACCAGAGUCCCUUACGUUUCGCGCUCUUGCUCUACUUCGUGUUGUUCACGUGAUGGACUGCGUGAUCCCGUUUCUUUGUAGUACCGCGCUCAAUACCGAUCUUAACGCCGCUUCUAAUUCGGAAAGUUAUCCUUCGUUAUCCUUUACGGAGAAUUCAUUCAGUCCUUUUUCACCCAAAGAUUCUUCUGUUGUCGAAGGCCAUGACAAUUACGAAGAAAAUGAUGAUGUCCAUUUCACGAGUGGGAUGAAAAAUAUUGAAAAACGCAGAGAAUGUUUAACGAAGAAACUUCAUUUGAGACAAAACUUAACGCGACGUUUUAAAGAACAACAAUCGCUAAUCAAAAAACAGAUGCAGCUAUUCGACGAACAAAAGACGAUGAUGCAUCGCAUUGAAGCUCACUCGAAGCACUUGAGCCCACGGCAACUUGAGCAGCUGCGUGUCGUUCAAGAGCGUAUCACCGAAAACAAGACUCAGCGUAAUGAUCUUUUUGAGAAACAAACGGAAAUCUUACGGGAAAGCGAAAGCAACGAAGAGGAAAUGGCAGCUCUUCAGAAACAGAUGGAGUACUUAGAAAGGGAAGAGGAAAAUUUUAAACAGUUUAUGGGAAACCUAAAUCGAAUAAAACGCAAGACUGAUCCACCUCGCAGAAGCAUGCAGAGUUGCAAGCCGUAUUUCUCGUGGACGCCCGACAUCAUCAAGAGCAAAUCUAACUCUUGCUCCAUUCUCUAUAAUUUGCGUUUCCUUUUGCCGCUGUCCAACCGUCGUGCGGGCAUUUUAGCAGAACUGUUAAGAGCAACGGAGCAACCGCUGCCGGAACAAGUUCCCGUUGUUUACAUCGAUCGAAAGAUGUCCGUCAAAGAUCGACUCAUGAAUCCGAAAACAUCAGUUUUUUAUCAAAUAUUUGAGUCGUUGAAAUCCGAAAAUGUCAGUUUCAGGUGGAAUAAAAGAAAAUGCGAUCAGUGGUGGGAAGUGAAAUUUGUUGGAGAAGGAAUAAUUGAUCAAGGCGGUGGAUUCCGUGACUCGUUAUCGGAAGUAUCUGAUGAAUUAUGUCCUCCGGCUGAACUCAAUACGAACAAAACUUUACCACUUUUGGUGAAAACUGUCAACAAUCGGGACAAGGUCGGAGAUCAUCGUGACUGCUUCGUGCCUAAUCCCUCAUGCCGAGACAUGAAAGCGUUUCAUUGGCUUGGUAGACUGAUGGGAGCCGCGUAUCGUAGUGACGAAAGUCUUGCGCUGUUUUUCCCGCCAUAUUUUUGGAAGCUGAUCGUCAGCGAGCAUGUCACGUGGCACAAAGAUUUCGUUAACGUUGAUGCAUUAGCCGUGAAUAUGAUAAAUAACAUUGAAGUUAUAACGAAAAACGAUUUUGAAACGCAGUUUGGCACCGAUCUAGACUACACUACGGCUAACAGCGACGGUACCAUAAUUACUGUGAAACAUUGUGAUACUAUGGUGAAUUAUGAAUCGAGAUUUGAGUAUUGUGAACUUGUAAAGAAAGCGAGGAUGAUGGAGUCUUUGGAACAGAUCAAAGCCAUCCGUAGUGGAAUUCUUACCGUUAUUCCUCAAUCUUUACUUGAAUUAAUUACUUCACAAGAACUCGAGAAAGGAGUUUGUGGAUUUACCGAAAUAUCUAUGUCUUUACUCAAGGAGUCGAUUCAUUAUGGCGAUGAGUUAUCCUCAGACUCAGAAUGCGUUCAACAAUUGUGGAAGGUCCUAGAAAACUUCUCCUUGGACGAUCGUAGUCGGUUCUUGCGUUUCGUCACCGGUCGUAAACGACUACCUGCAUGCAUUACUCUCUCGCAGAUGUCUGGCGAGAAAGACACAUUACCCGGGGCCUCAACCUGCGCGAGUACACUUAUGCUACCAUCUUACUCAUCCGUGGAGGUUGCUGAAAAGAAAUUAAGGUAUGCAAUUUACAAUUGCGUUGCCAUCGAUACAGACACGAGCCCAUGGUAAGGUUGCACAUCUCACGUGACCGCAUUACGUCAUCAAAUGACUUCAGUUGCAGUGUAACUAUACGCCUGUAAUUCUACAAGACGAUCCCUAGCAAAGUAUAUCCUUGUCAGUCAAGUAGGUUUAAGGAUGAUUUGAUAAGAUGAAUGAUUAAACUUUGACGUUUGAACUAAAAUUCAAAUCUUCGAUGUUUUGUCACUUUGAAGUGAUCAAAUACCAUAUAUGUGUAUCGUAUGAACAUUUUGAUAUAUAGCUGAUGAUUGCACUCUAUUAAAAAAUCUUUAAAAACGUGA